AUGGGUCAACUUCUAUCGGCCGUUCCCGUCGAUAAGUGGGCCUUGUUUCUUCCCCAACGCUGUCAAUCCCAGCUUGCUGCCCUCAUUCCAUCUUCUUGGCGGGUUGAUACUGAGAAGAACCCUGAGGAGUCGGAAGGGCGACAUUUCGACCUAGUCGAUCUUCCACCUGAGCUUGCAUUAUCAAUUUUGUCGCAUCUUAAUCCCACUGAUCUUUACUUGGCCUCUGGCGUUUGGUGGAACCUCGCUUCGAACGAGGUACUCUGGCGAGGGUUGUGUCGAGCCUACUGGCCUUUCUGCUCAGUCUAUGAGACGUGGCAAGAGAAGCCCAAUUUUUCCUUCCGAAUUCUCUUUCUCCGUCUUGAUGAGGCUCGAUUAACCUUCAAUAGUGACGCCUUCGAGGGGAUCCGUUACCUUCAGGAGAAUGAAAUUCUCAAAAACGAUAUUCAUCACGUUGCUCUGUACCUCCACGUCACUCCUGGAUUAGACCCAGUUCAAAAGAGGCGAUAUCUCGAAGCUGGUCCGGAGGUGCUGGACGAAGUGAUUCGCCUGAAGGACUUCCGCAGCGCUUUCCUCCCGGACGCUCUACGCAACCUCUUUACUGAACUACCCAACCCGGAGAACGACACCAACAACUUUAUUCCUCGACUGGUCGAACGCUUCUCAGAGCAUUUCGCUCGCUGCAAUCCUCACAUUGGUCUUCGUCCAGAUGUUGUAUAUGUGCUCUGUUUCUCGUUGCUCAUGCUUUCGAAGGAUUUUGCGAGUCCACAGAUCAAGAACAAGAUGUCCAAGCGCGAGUUUAUCCGCAACACGCGACGAGCGGUUCCGUCAGCGGAUGAGGAGCUGUUGGGUCACUUUUAUGACAACGUCUACAUGGAGGGUGACAUCGCCACCUGGGUGACGGUGAAGAGCAACGGUUUGGCGACCUCCACAUCGCCCCCGACAUUGCAACGAAUGAAUGGAAUGCGCAACACUCCCCGUCCCUACCGCAUCAUCGCGCUCUCUUAG